CGUCAUCAAUGGCAGCACACUAAAAAAAAAAAAACAAAAACAAAAAAAAAAGCAGGAAAAGUUGUUUAUUAAUGGGCUGUCUGUAUCUUAACCCCUCUAACUUAACUUAUCUUAAGCCAUAGCUACAAAUGAAUACGUAUGCGUAUAUGUAUGACACACGAGGAUUGUUGUGAUAUGUAUUUAUUGAUUGAGCUUGAAACUCACGCCAUUGGAGAAAUUCGAUUUCAGUGCAGCAAACAUGUCUCGGGUCAACGGGUCAAGGCCGUCGUGGGGGGAGGACUUCGCCGGGGUAGCCGGUGAUGCCGGAGUUGGCUACAAUUCUACUUACUACGCCACCGCCGGCCCCGGCGGAAGCGGGAUGGGAGCAACGGCGGCGGCGGCGGAGCCUGGAAGCAGCGGCGGAGACUAUUGGAGGUUCCAAGUGGUGGAGUUCGCCAAAGGAUUUGCGGAGAUGAGUUUGGAGUUCGGGAAGGGAGUUAGGGAUGUGGUGAUGCAGACGGUGGCGACGGAGGACUCUGUGAUCGCGAAGAAGCUUCGAGGACCGUGCGGGAAAAUUUGCACGAAAUUGAGAUUCCUGAAUGAGUACUUGCCGGAGGAUCGCGAUCCAGUUCAUUCCUGGAGUGUGAUUUUCUUCGUCGCCAUAAUUGCUUUUGCAGCGUUGAUUGUGAAUAACGAUGCUGAUACAACAUCGGCUCUGGUAAAGAAAGUGAAUAUACAUCCUCCUAGUGCAAGUCGAAUUUUGCUUCCAGAUGGUAGAUAUUUGGCUUAUCAAGAACAAGGUGUUCCGGCUGAUCAAGCCAGAUUUUCGGUGGUUGCUGUGCAUUCUUUUCUUUCAUCCAGGCUUGCGGGAAUACCUGGCAUCAAGGUUUCACUACUGCAACAAUUUGGUGUUCGCUUGGUGACAUAUGACCUUCCUGGAUUUGGAGAAAGUGAUCCUCAUCCCAAUAGGAACCUCGAGUCAUCAGCAAUGGAUAUGCUACACUUAUCAUAUGCUGUGAAUAUUACAGGCAAAUUCUGGGUGGUAGGGUUCUCUAGUGGAAGCCUGCAUUGCUGGGCUGCACUUCGAUAUAUUCCUGAUAGGGUUGCUGGUGCAUUCAUGGUUGCCCCAAUGGUUAAUCCAUAUGAACCAAGUAUGACAAAGCAGGAGAGAAAUAGAAUGUGGAAGAAAUGGGCGAUGAGGAAGAAAAUUAUGUAUAUACUAGGUCACAAAUUUCCCAGGCUACUCCCUUUCUUCUAUCGUAGAGCCUUCCUGUCUGGAAUCCAUGGUCCAAUAGAUGAGCGGCUUUCAUUGUCACUUGGAACAAGAGAUAGAGCUUUGAUAGAGAGCCCAUUGUUUGAAGAGUUCUGGCAGAGAGAUGUCGAAGAAUCUGUCCGGCAGAAAAAUGUUAGACCUCUUGUAGAGGAAGCUGCCUUACAGGUUUCAAACUGGGGAUUCAGCCUUGCAGAUCUCAAAGUGCAUAGGAAGCCCCUGGGUAAAGGCAUACUUAAGUGGCUUAAAUCUUUAUAUGGUCAAGCUGAAGAAAGUUUGAGUGGAUUUCUUGGCCCGAUACAUAUAUGGCUGGGAAUGGAAGAUAUGGUGGUGCCUCCAUCCACAAGUGUUUUUUUGCAGCGAGUUCUACCAGAUGCCAUGGUGCACAAACUCCUAUACGAGGGUCACUUCACCUAUUUCUACUUCUGUAAUGAAUGCCAUAGACAGAUAUUUACCACCAUUUUUGGAGAUCCUCAAGGCCCUCUCAUCCCAGAAGUUGUUCAAACUCCCAUCAACGAAGAAACUCCAAUCAACGAGGACAACGAAGAGACAGACAACAUAGUUUCCGGAGAAAUAGCCACAGAUGCAGAGAUUGUUUCUAGUCCAGUAUGACAUUUCCGAUACAGUUUUACAGAUAUGCUACAACAUCCCACCCCGCAGAUCCUGCCACUAUUUGCAACUUUCAUCCAUAUAUCUAUGUGGAUAAUUAGGCAUCAAGGACAAGAUACACUUAGAAGACUACAGGAGAUAAAAAAAAAAAAAAAUUCAUGGCCAAGAUUUUAUGUAUAGUAGUAUCUAAUUAUCUAUAUAUGCUUAAUUACAUGAUUAUCAUAGCCAUAGGAAGAUCAUGAGCCUAGAUUCAAUCAUGGUCUCAGAGAUUAGUUGCAAGAAUGUUGCCUUCAGGAAAAAGAAAAUUAAAAGGUUUUCGUGAUCAGUUGCUUCAUUUUCAAUGGCACUGGCAUUUUUAUUUCACAGUUGAAGGUCCAAAUUAGCAUGCAUUUGUACGUUGUUUAUGCAUUAAUUAUUUAAAUGACGAGAAAAAUAUUCAAUGUUAUGUAUCAGAUUUUUUUUAUUGGUCA